AUGGAUGCACGAGAUCGCGGGGACGUUGGCGGCGGGGAGAACAAUGGCGAGAAGAGGCUCAGGAACAAGAACUUGGAACCGAGUGAACAGCAGCACCUGCGAUCCAAGGGAAGAGUGACUGGCACUUUACAGGCUGUUGGCAUCUAUAGAGUCCCAUCCAGAAUGAUGAAGGCUCUGGAGACUUUGCUUUUGCUGGGAUGGUUGGGUCUGGUUGGGUGCUGCAGCCCUGAACCUGGAGCUGUCAAUAUCGCCAGAAGCGGGGAAGCCUCACAGAGUUCUACUAUCACUAGAACUGUAAAUUGUAAUGUUAGCAAUGCCAUUGAUGGCGGGAAAGAUCAGAACUGGGGUCAUGGUUCCUGUAGCCACACAGAUAAUGACAUGGCACCCUGGUGGAGACUGGACCUGAAGCAGAAAUACAAAGUCAACAUGGUUGUGUUCUAUGGCAGAUCGGACGGCUAUUUGUAUCGGAUGAAUGGUCUCGAGGUCCGAGUUGGAGAUUCUCCGAACAAUGACAACCCAGUGUGCGGUACGAUCACCAACUCUAAUAAUGCCACCACAACUUUCUGCUGCAAUGGGAUGGCGGGUCGAUACAUCAGCGCGGUGAUCCCGGGACGCAGUGAAUACUUGACCCUGUGUGAGGUGGAGGUCUACGGUGAGCUUGCGCCUGAGGAGUAUGACGUCUGCUAG